AUGCAUAUAAGUGAUUAUCAAAUGCGUUCUGGAUCUCAUUCGUAUCCAUGUACCUAUUUACCAAGUUGUAGAAAUAAAACCGAUGGUUUCUAUCCUGAUCGUUUAAGAGAUUGUCGAAUGUAUUACAAAUGUUUCGAAGAACGUUCGUCUGAAUCUUUAUCGUGUUCACAAAAAGAACCACCAUUUGGUGAACGUUUCAGUAUUGAAUAUCAAAAAUGUAUGCCGGCAAAUGAUGUUAAUUGCGAUGAAAGUCAAAUACCAUUUUUCUAA